AAUUUUAUUCUACGUUGACAACACACUAAACAUGUGUAUUUGAAUCCAAAAAAAAAAAUGGAAAUAGAAAAUACCACAACUGUGAAUUUUAUAUCGUGCGCAAAAUGGAUAAAACGAGGGGUAGCUAAUACAAACCCAGUAAAAAUACAGCUUUCAAAAAAUGAACUUGUACAGAUAAUAAACGAUACUAAAACAAAAAUACAAGAUGCAAGUAGGGAAGAAGAACCUAUGGAAGAUGGAACGGCUACAGAUGAAUUUGGACUUGAAAAAUAUGAUAGUGACGAUGAAAUUAAUGAUACAGCAAAUACUUUAGGUAUCAGUUCAAUAGCUGAACUAGAUAAUGAUGCACAAGAAAAUUUUUCAGAAUCAGAUGAUUCUGAUAAAGAAGAUGACAAAAUAAAACUAUCCGACAAUUUAAUAUUAGUAGGACAUGUUGAAGGGGACGCAAGUAUGUUGGAAGUAUAUGUAUACAAUGAAGAUGAAGAAUCCUUAUAUGUUCAUCAUGAUAUUAUUCUACCAUCGUUUCCUCUAUGUGUUGAGCCAUUGAACUAUGAACCAAAAAUGCCAAAAGGCAAUUACUGUGCUGUGGGAUCUAUGACACCUAUUAUAGAAGUUUGGGAUUUGGAUAUUAUGAAUGUUAUAGAACCUGCUUUCACAUUAGGAAGGGUGGGUAACAAGAAAAAUAAGAACCCAAUCGGUCACACAGAUGCAGUAUUGGCUUUGGCAUGGAAUAAAACUUAUGAGCACAUUUUAUCUAGCGGAUCCGUAGACCAAACUGUGUUACUUUGGGAUAUGGAGAUAAAAAAACCAAGUACAACAAUCAAGUCAUUUCAAGAAAAAGUUCAGUGUCUUGACUGGCAUCCAUUGGAAGGUCAAACUUUAUUAGCUGGAGGUUGUGACAAAAGUGCAAGAGUCUUUGAUUGCCGAACCCCUGAAAGUCAUCAAACCUGGUUAUUGGAUGGAGAAUCUGAAAGGUUAUGUUGGAAUCCUUUGGACCCUUUUACAUUUUUGGCUGGUACCAGUGUUGGGUCCGUACAAUGUUUUGACUGUAGAAAAGGUCAGUUAUGGUCUAUAAACGCUCACGAAAAAGAAGUAACAGGAUUAGUAAUCAGCAAGUUGUGCCAGGGACUUUUAGUAACGUCCUCUACAGACGAAACUGUAAAAAUUUGGGACUUUGCUUUAGAAAAUGAACCCAACUGUGUUGCCCAGAAGGAAUUCAACUUGGGAAGCAUUCACUGUUUAGAUCUAUGUCCAGAUUUACCGUUUGUUUUAACCGUUGGAGGGGAUAAGAAAUCGCACAACUUCACUGUUUUUGAUAUUCAAAAUAUUGAUGUUGUUAAACAUACUUUUGGACCUCGAGGUCUAACACAGAUAAUUCCCGAUGUAUAGAAUUUAUAAUAAAUGAAUUUUUCACCUAUAAGUUUUUUUUUAUUUUGAAACUUUCAAUUGGUGUGGUUACUGUAGCCGCCACAAGUGUGUUGAAUCCAUUUUUAUUUACUAUUACUUUCGAUGAAUACAACACUCCAUACAAACCUUCAAUUUUUAAAACAAAGUCCUGUCAGCUUAUUCCUUUCUAUUGUGUUUUUUCUAAUAUUCACAAAAAACUUCACAACAAUUCAUUGCUAUACUACUAUAAUUAACAUUUUUCUGUUGACCACUGAGCCCAUUAGGUCCCAAAAGUGUUGAGUGAUAGCCAUAACAAGAUUAUUUUUACUGGUGAUACAUCCUUGUAUCCCUGUAUGAUAAUCUAGAGACCAAACAGUCAAAACAAUGGUUAGAAUAGAGAAGAACAAUGGAAACCUGGGACCUGGGAAACCCUAUGUAGAUUUUGGCAGUUACACAAAACAAAUGAAGAAGCUUACUUUCAUCUGGCAUGGUUCUGAUCCAUGACGAAUUAUUCUUCAAAAGUUCAAGUCUUACAGUCAUUAUCAAAAACCCAGUGACUAUCAUAUCUUG